AUGGCCGUGGAUAUGGAUAUGGAUAGCGCUUCUGCUUCCCACACUGGCUCCCCGGAUUUGGAGAAUGAUGCCGGGCGCCAUUUUUUGGUUAAUGGGUCUGUGUCGCGGUUCUCGUGGAGUGGAUUGAAUGUUACCGUGAAGGAUCGACAGACGAAGGAACCGCGUGAUCUGAUUCAUGAUAUUAGUGGUGAUGUCAGACGAGGCGAGUUGGUAGCCUUGAUGGGACCGUCGGGAUGUGGAAAGACGACAUUGUUGAAUGUGUUGGCUCGGAGGCCGACGGGCGGGAAGGUAUCUGGGCAAUGCUAUGUGAAUGGAGCCCGUAUUGAGUCGGGUGCAUUUGGUCGCAUGACUUCGUAUGUUGAGCAGGAAGAUGCGUUGAUCGGGUCGAUGACUGUGCGGGAGACAUUGAAGUUUGCGGCCGAUUUGUCGUUGCCUAGCUCGGUGUCCAAGCGUCAACGGAUGGAGCGGAUUCGCACUCUUCUUGAUGCAUUUGGGAUUCAGAAGCAGGCAGACACGCUUAUUGGGACUCCGAUUCGAAAGGGGAUUAGUGGGGGUCAGAAGCGGCGUGUUAGCGUGGCCAGUCAAUUGAUCACCUGUCCUAAGAUUUUGUUUCUGGAUGAGCCUACCAGUGGCUUGGAUUCGACUGCAAGCUUUGAGGUCAUAUCUUAUGUGAAGAAGCUGGCAAAGGAAAGCAAUAUCAUAAUCAUCGCUAGUAUCCAUCAACCCUCCACGACAACGUUUCGGCUGUUCGAUAAGCUACUUCUUCUCUCGGCCGGACGGACGUGUUUCUUUGGACCUAUUUCAAAUGUCGGGGAGUACUUCCGAGACAUUGGAUAUCCCAUCCCGGGCAACACCAAUCCGGCGGAGUUUCUGCUUGACAUCGUGAGCUCUGAUUUCAGCGCCUUGACCGAUGAUGCGGAUAUUCGAGUACAGCAGAUCCAAUCUGCCUGGAAAGAGUCGAGAGAGGCGCAGACUGUCAUACAGAAGACACCUGAUGGGUUGAACGUGGCGGAGAAGGAUGUGGAUGUCGGGGGUGAUCUGGCUCGGGCUGGUGUUAUCAUGAUCAUAGUGACUCUGCUUCAUCGGUCAUUCAUCAAGAGUUACCGGGAUGUGGUGGCCUACGGGAUUCGCAUUGUGAUGUACCUCGGUCUUGCAAUCAUGAUGGGGACGGUGUGGCUACGCUUACAUCCAUCUCAGGAGUCUAUCCAGCCAUUUAUCAAUGCAAUUUUCUUUGGGUCGGCCUUUAUGUCUUUCAUGGCAGUAGCGUACGUCCCAGCGUUCCUGGAAGACCGAGCGACCUUCGCCAAAGAACGAGCCAACGGGCUUUACGGAGCAGCUCCGUUUAUGAUCUCGAACUUCCUCAUCGGAAUACCCUUCCUGUUCCUGAUCUCAAUCCUCUUCUCGAUCGUAUCAUAUUGGCUCUCCAACUUUCAACCCACAGCCACCGCUUUCUUCACCUGGGUAAUGUGGUUAUUCCUCGACCUCCUCGCUGCCGAGUCCCUAGUCGUAUUCGUAACGGCCAUUUUCCCAAACUUUGUCAUCGCCCUCGCACUAGUGGCCUUCGCAAACGGACUCUGGAUGAGUGUGGGUGGAUUCUUGGUGACACCGACGAUUCUCAACCCAUUUUGGGAAUAUGUGUUCCACUACAUCGACUAUCAGGCAUAUGUAUUCCAGGGAAUGAUGGUGAAUGAGUUUUCUGAGCGGACUUACUCCUGCGGUACUGGGUGCCAGUGUCUGUAUGAUACGGACUUGGCAUCGAAGUGUCAGAUUCGGGGAACUGCCGUACUGGAGACUUACGGGUAUGCCACCGGGCGGACGGGAAAGUGGGUUGGCAUUUUGAUUGGAAUCAUUGCAGUGUAUAGGUUGUUUGGUUGGAUUGCACUGCAACUACGCAGAAAUUGA